AUGGAAAAUAAUGAGAUACUUGAAUAUCUGGACGAUAUACAAUCAGAAAUAGACGAUGAAUAUGAAAAGUUUGCAAAAGAAGACUUUGAAUGCAAACUAAGAUGGCAUAAAAUGAUUAAACCGCUUUUUGUGAAAUGCAGAGAGUUUGUAAAUAGAUUACCUGGCAUUUCGAAUACAUAUUGGGAACAAGUGUUUUUGAAUUAUGAAAUAGCAAAAGCACUGCUUCCUGUCGAUGAAGAUGACAACAUAGAUGCCAAGUGGAUAAAAAAGCUAGAAGUUGACUAUCUCGACGGGUAUAUGUACAGAGUCCAUGUUGAAUUACAUGAAAAUAGCUUCGUAAACAAUACUACACUUACAAAAAAGAUCUGUUUGAAUGAAAAAAGAAUCGAAACAACUGUAAUUCAGUGGAAGAAAGAUGAAAAAUGGUCGAUUUUUGAAUUUUUUGAAAGUUUAACUGAAGAUCUUGAAGUAUUUGACAUUCUCUAUGAAGCGUAUUUCAACUCGGCGUUUUACUUCUUGACCUCUCAAACAAAUUAA